GUGACCUGCGGAUGCUGCGCGCGACGGCGGCUGCCCAAGAUGGCGGCGGUGUCUGAGGCGGAGGGAGGCUUCGGCGACGGAGAGCGGCUGGACUUCCUCAAGGAGCGGCACGUCCGGUUCUUCCAGCGCUGCCUCCAGAUCCUGCCGGAGCGGUACUCCUCCCUGGAGACCAGCAGGUUGACAGUUGCGUUUUUUGCACUUUCUGGUCUGGAUAUGUUGGAUUCCUUAGAUCUGGUGAACAAAGAAGAUAUAACAGAAUGGAUUUAUUCCCUGCAAGUCCUUCCCACAGAAGAUAGAUCAAACAUGCAUCGCUGUGGAUUCCGUGGUUCUUCUUAUUUAGGAAUGCCAUUCAAUCCAUCCAAGGGUCCUGGCGUUUCUCAUCCCUAUGAUAGUGGGCACAUAGCAAUGACUUACACUGGCCUCUGUUGCUUAGUUAUUCUUGGUGAUGACUUGAGCCGAGUAAAUAAAGAAGCCUGCUUGGCAGGACUCAGAGCACUCCAGCUGGAAGAUGGGAGUUUUUGUGCAGUCCUUGAAGGAAGUGAAAAUGACAUGAGAUUUAUAUACUGCGCUGCUUGUAUAUGCUACAUGCUCAAUGACUGGUCAGGGAUGGAUAUGAAGAAAGCCAUAGACUAUAUUAGAAGAAGCAUGGUGAGUGUCAUCUUAUGGGACUUUCCCCAUUUUCAGUCCUAUGAUAAUGGACUUGCUCAAGGAGCUGGACUUGAAUCUCAUGGUGGCUCUACAUUUUGUGGUAUUGCCUCUCUGUGCCUGAUGGGUAAACUUGAAGAGGUCUUCUCUGAGAAGGAACUUGACAGGAUAAGGAGAUGGUGCAUCAUGAGGCAACAAAAUGGCUAUCAUGGUCGACCAAAUAAACCUGUGGAUACAUGUUACUCAUUUUGGGUUGGAGCAACUCUUAAGCUUCUGAAAAUAUUUCAAUAUACAAAUUAUGAAAAGAACAGAAAUUACAUUUUAUCGACCCAAGAUCGUCUUGUUGGUGGAUUUGCUAAAUGGCCAGAUAGUCAUCCAGAUGCUCUUCAUGCCUACUUUGGGAUUUGUGGCCUGUCGUUAAUGGACGAGUAUGGUAUUCGCAAGGUUCACCCUGCCUUGAAUGUAAGCACAAGAACCUCAGAGCGCCUUCAGCACCUUCAUCAAACCUGGACAACUAAAGACUCUAAACACUGUUCAGAGGAACUGCACAGUGCCACAUGACUGACUGAAAUGCCAGUUGGGCUUGGUAGCAUAAGUGUAGCCCAAGGUUAAAAGCCAUGUGUAACCAAUGUGCUCUUUUUUAAAGUGCUGGACUCAUACAAUCAGAUUCAUGUCACUGUCAUCAUUUUGACAGCAAAUGGCCUUCAGCCAAUUCUGGAUUGGGAGUGAAAAUAAAUUGUUUCCCACUCUCAGCAGGGUAACAAAUUUGGUUUCAGAGAAUCCCUUCCAAGCAAAAUUAAUCAUUUAGUUCUAUAGUAUUACUUUAAACAGUGCAAUGGUGAAGUGUAACAAUAGUAAAAAAAAAAUCCCUGCAAAAUGUAUUUGCAUAUUUUCAUACUUUAGUCGCUUGAAUUUAGUGACACCUAUUUGACAUAUACUUCGUAUAAAAUCUUAUAAAUUAAGUCUUGAUUGCAAAAAGGUGUUCUUUUAAAUUAGAUAAUUCUAUAACCUUUGUAAAAAAUAAAAUUAUUUUAUUGAUAA